AUGUGUACCACCGCGAGGGCGCGCUGCGAGCUGUGCGGCGCGGGAGCGGACGUGCGCUGCGAGGCCGACGCGGCGUUCCUCUGCGCGGCGUGCGACGCGGAGGUGCACGGCGCCAACUUCCUCGCGUUCCGCCACCGCCGCACGCGCGUCUCGCCGCCCGGCCCCGCGGACGCCCUGUCCCGGACGUCCACGGCCGAGUCUGCGGCGCCGCCGGCCAAGGGCCAGAAGCCACUUGCGCGGGGCGACGCGGUGCUCGAGGGCUGGGCCAGGCGGAUGGGCCUCGAGGCGGUGGCGGCGCGUCGGCAUGCCGCGGCGGCCGGCCGCGCGCUCCGGGCCCAGGUCGCCGCGGGGCCGCCACGCGUGCCGCUGCGCGUCGCGAUGGCGGCCGUGCUGUGGUGGGAGGUGGCAGCUCACGGUGGCGUCGACGAGCCCGGCGUCGCGCUCCGGCGCCUGGAGGCCUGCGCGCACGUGCCGGCGAGGCUGCUCAUGGCGGUGGAGUCGUGCAUGGUGCGCGGCCGCGGCAAGAAGCGGACGGCCGCGGAGGGCUGGGGCGAGUGCUCACCACCCCACACAAGAGACAAGACAAGACACCAUCUUCUCCAAGACAUGGCAUGA